ACCAUAUAAUUCGGAUUGUAGCGUACAAUAUAUUAAUUCUGACAAAGAACGUGGCAGUAAUAUGAGGGUAUGAACCGCUGGUGAAGACUUGAAGAAUAAUCUAAGAUGAAACUGUCUACGAUCAUGUUUUCCGUCAGCGCACCCUCGAUUAGAACCAAAUCUCCGUCUCUCACUUCCGCUUCAUUUGGCUCCCUUUGCUGCUCUUCUUAUCCUUCACUGCAAACCAAAUCGCGUAAUUUUAUUCCCUUGAAGAACGUUGCGCUUCCUUGGAAUUCAAUUUCCACAGGAAAACGACGAUACCUCUGUUCCGUCUCUGCUUCUAAAUCGGAAAAUGGAUUCACCGGAUCCUCUUUUCAGGGAGAUGAAUCAUUUUUCAGGAGUGUAUUGGCUGGUAUGGAAACGGUUUAUUUGAACAGGAACCCCACGGCGAAAGCUGUUUUGGAGCUGGUUCAGUCAGCUGACGGCGAACCAAUCUGCUAUGAUCAUUUUGCUUUCAGGACAUUUGGGGUGAAUGGUCAUGGGAUUGAUUCCAUGGCAAGCCUUUUCCUGGAUUAUGGUUAUACACAGAAGGGGGAACUGAGAUUUCCUGCCAAAAAAUUGAGAGCUCUGUGGUUUUCGCCUCCCAGUAUUCCACAUUCUAAUACUGGCAGUGGUGUUAAUGGGCCUUUGCCCAGAAUUUUCAUUUCGGAGCUUCUUGUUGAUCAGAUAAGCCCACAAGCUCAAGAAAUCAUUAAAAAAUAUGUUGAAGUAUCUGCGAGCGGAUAUAAACAUGCAGCUCUUGCAAGUACUCUAGGCUUUCUGACAUGGAACAAGCCCUUAUAUUCUGAAUUUGAGCAAUUAGCAAGGGAGAGUGAAUAUGCUGCCUGGACACUUGUCAAUGGUUAUGCACUAAACCAUGUUACCAUUUCCACUCAUCGGCUGAAAUCUCAGUUGAGAAGUAUCAAUUGCCUUGAUCAAUUUAUUGAAGAUAAUGGGUUCAAAUUAAAUUCUGAAGGGGGCAUUCUGAAAGUGAGUCCUGAUGGCCUUUUGCUGCAAAGUUCAACUGUGGCUGAUUCAAUCACUUUCAAAUUUUCUGAUGGUGUCACUGAAUCAGUUCCUUGUUCAUAUAUCGAGUUUGCUGAACGCCUUGUGCUGCCACAGUAUAAAAAUCUACCAGAACAAGAGGUUAGGGAAUUCCACAGGCGAGAUGGGUUUGAGGUUGGGAAUGCUGAUAAGAUCUUUGAGAGCACAUCCAAAGAGCAAUUGACUAGGAGGGCUGCAUAAGAUACAUUACAUAUGUGAAGGAGCAAGUGCAAUUUGGUAGCUUAAGUUCGAGGUGUCAAGAAGUGAUCUUCAAAGCCAAGAUGCUAAUAUAAAUAAAUAUGUAUUUAACAUGUAAAUAAAUUUGAUUCACUUAAUAAGAAUAUGCACUUGAACGUAUAACAGAGUGCCAGCAGCAGCAAAGAUAAUAGUUGAUCCACAUUAAUCC